UGGAAGUGAAGGAGACACGCCUCCGGAUGAUAUCGUCAUGGUCGAAGCAAAUGUUAAUGCUUCUGCUUCUGCCGAUCAAACUAUGACAGAGAACCAAAUACACAAAUUCAAAACAAUACAUACACCAUAAAUUGAAACCUAAAAACCGAAACUUCGGCAUCAUUUCAUCUCCUUCCACUCUCUCACACUCACACAUAUAAACACAAAACCAUUAACAACCACCCCAAAACAAUAAAGCCAAAUACCUUUGCUUCUCAACCUUCACAAUUACCGCAAACCACAAAUUUGGGGAGAGAAACUAUCACGGGGAGGGAGAGAGAACAGAGACUGUUGUUGUUGCUGUUGAGAUUAGUGGGAGAAAUAUUUUUUUUAGAGAUAUGGUUUAAUUUGUACCAAUAUUUUUGGUUGAACCAAACUUAAUGUCACAUCCAUCGGCCAAAUGCCACAUUUUUUGGUCUAUAUAUACAACCCUUCACCACAGUAUGCUUUAUUCUAACCUCUACCUCCACCUCAAGCUUAUACUGACUUGGGCGCCAAAGCGUUUUCUGCAGGUACCCCUUUUCCAUCAUCGGGUCGUCUCCAAUGCUUGGAUUACCGACCUCCAUCUCGGAGCAUUUCUUCCAUCGGUCCACUAAGUGAGUUCUCUACGCUCUCUUUUAUCUCUUCAGAUAAAACUUGAGUUAUGUUACAAAUAGAAACUAAAAACCUAUACGAAAAAGAUAUUUUACCCAAAUUAUAUUUAAGCCAUAAAUUAAACUUAUAUGUGUGAGGUGGGAAGUUAAAUCAAAAUAUAUGGUUCAUUUUUAAUCCUAAGUUAUCUUAUCUUAUAUAUAAGUCACAAUCAACAUUAUAAUUUAGCAUUUCUUCCAAAAAUAUUCAAGUAUGGCUUUAAUGGUAGACUAUAUCCAACUCUUCUUCCUUUGGCUACUCUCAACCAUUGCAAUUCGAGCCAUACUAACUAGAAAGAAAAACAACAACCAUCUCACUCCACCAAGCCCUCCAACACUACCUAUCAUUGGGCACCUUCACCUUAUUUCUAAAUUACCUCACAAAAGUUUUCACAAACUCUCAACACAAUAUGGUCCUUUAAUGCAAAUUUACUUAGGUUCUAUGCUAUGUGUAGUAACUUCAAGUCCAGAAAUAGCAAAGGAGUUUCUUAAAACCAAUGAAACUUAUUUCUCCAACCGAAUGAUAACUUCUGCAGUUGAGUACUUAUCAUAUGGCUCAAAGGGUUUCUUGUUUGCACCUUAUGGUGACUAUUGGAAGUUCAUGAAGAAGAUGUGCAUGUCAGAGCUUCUUGGUGGAAGAACUCUCGAUCAACUUCGUCCCUUGAGGCAACAAGAGACUUUAAGGUUUCUGAGGCUCUUGCAGAAGAAAGGGGAAGCUCGCGAGAUCGUUGAUGUCGGUGACGAGCUCUUGACUCUUACCAAUAACAUCAUAACAAGGAUGAUAAUGAGAAAAACUUGUUCUGAGAAUGAUAGUGAUGUUGAAGACAUUAGGAAGAUGGUGAAAGAUACUGCAGAACUUGCAGGGAAGUUUAAUGUGUCAGAUUUUAUUUGGUUUUGUAAAAGUUUGGAUUUUCAGGGAAUGAACAAAAGGCUUAAAGGGAUUAUAGACAAGUUUGACACAAUGAUGGAAAGAGUGAUAAAGGAGCAUGAAGAGGAAAAGAAGAAAAGGAAGGAAAAGGGUGAAGGUGUUGCUCAUGUUAAGAAUCUACUUGAUAUUUUGUUGGAAAUUCUUGAGGAUGAGAGUACUGAAAUCAAAUUGAGUAGAGAGAAUGUCAAGGCUUUCAUCUUGGAUAUAUUUAUGGCAGGAACAGACACAUCUGCUAUAACAAUCGAAUGGUGUUUAGCUGAGUUAAUAAACAAUCCAGAUGUAAUGGACAAAGCAAGACAAGAGAUUGAUUCAAUAAUGUUAGAUAUGAAUAGAUUAAUAGAAGAAUCAGAUAUUCCCAAUCUUCCAUACUUGCAAGCAAUUGUCAAAGAAACAUUAAGAAUUCACCCUACAGCACCAAUGUUAGGUAGACAAUCAUCUGAAAGUUGUCUUGUUUAUGGUUAUGAGAUUCCAGCAAACACCAAUUUGUUUGUUAAUUUAUGGUCUAUGGGUAGGGACCCUAAACUUUGGGAAAACCCACUUGAGUUUAGGCCAGAGAGGUUUUUGAAUGAAGAUAACAAGUUUGAUGUAAGGGGACAAAAUUUUCAAUUUAUGCCAUUUGGAACUGGUAGAAGGGCUUGUCCUGGUGCUUCAUUAGCACUUCAAGUUGUUCCCACAAAUCUUGCUAACAUGAUUCAAUGUUUUGAAUGGAAGGUUGAUGGUGAUGGAGCAGUUAACAUGGAAGAGAAAGCAGCUAUGACCCUUCGAAGGGCUCAUCCUUUGAUGUGUGUUCCUAUACCCCGUGUUAAUAGCAUUCCUUCUAGUGUUAAUUGAGCAAAGGUUGAUGAUGCAUGAAUAGUUAUAGGGUCCUUUAACAAUAAAAGAAUAAUGACUGAUGUGGUUUAUUUUAGUAAGGGUCUUUUAGGUAUAUUAUAUUAAUUAGUAAGUAUGCA